AUGGAGUACCGAGCAACGAAAUCGGGUCUAUCGCGCGAGGUGCAGAAUCGCAUUAAUGAAAAGUACAACGCGGAAGAGGCAGGGAAGGUCUUGAAAUGGAUCCGUCUCCUCACUCCUCCCUCUGGCGUUCCAGAUGAUCUGAUAAAAGCGGCCCAGGAAAUCCCUGAGGAUAUCACCUCCGCUCCGGCUGAGCAGUUCUACCAGUACCUCAAGUCGGGACUCGUUUUGGGUUAUCUCAUGGCAUCUCUCAAGCCGGAUAGAGUUUCUAGUCUUGGCGUGAACAUGUGGAAGAAUGAUGCAUACCGGAUCGCCUGGCAUAGAUUGAAGCAUUACCUGAAGAUCUUGCCACGCGAAAGCGAAGCUGGCUACGGCUACGCGAAAUUUGGGAUGCACAUACGUCUAGCAUCUGCGACCCAGCGGUUCAUCAUCGUCGGGGUCAGGUUCGACGUGGCAGCAACAGCAGCCGUGAUGCCAAGCACAGGUAACUCGGCGCGUCGGAAUGCCUGUCAAGGCGACGCGGUGCACUAUCGAUUCCUCGCCUCACCAGGAGCUCUGCUCACUCGAGCCUCACCCCUGCCCCGCCUUGCCGCAGGGAGCGGAGAGUGA